UCAAUUUUCCAGCACUAUUGUGACAACAAAAAUUUCACAAGAUAGAUGAAAACAUUUUCAUUCAUCACAACUACUUAAAUCGGAAAUCUACUGUUAACACACAAUAUCAUAAUCGCAUUGAUAGUCAACUCCAUCUUAAUAUUUGUUAACCAAACAAACAAGAACAAUAUAAUGAUUUGUUCCCUUCAGUUGUUUACAACGCAACAAUAAAGAAAAUAUAGGACUUCAAAAAAUAUUACAACAUUAAAGUUUCAAAAUAUUUCAAAUAUUGUAAAUAUGAUUAUAAGAAGAACGAGGACAAUAAGAAGGAUGAAAAUUUCUAUAGUAGCGGCUGGAUUAUAUUUUAAAAAGAAAAGAAAUAAUAUAACUGAAUAACAAAAAAAUUCAUAAGAAACUUUGCUGGAUCAUUAAAACAAAAAUUCUUUUUAGCUACAAAUGUUAAUUUUUAUAUACAUAUGUAUUUAUAAAUUUUCAUCGAUAUAGUUCCCGUAUGUUUAUAUCAUUUAUUUGGAAUUGAAUGGAAUUUCAAUUGAAUUUAUAUUAUAAUGGGAUUACGUAAUAGAACAAAAUCACGCAAAUUAAUUUGGAAAUUAUUUCUAGAAUAUUUAGUUUUUACGCUAUUUAGUUUGGAUUAUGUAUAUGCAAUACGAAAAGGUAGAUUAAUGAUACCAAAUGCCUUUACAGCAUUAAGUGGUGAUUUACAUGUUCAAUUACAAUUAAUAGAAAGUCUUAUAGAAAAUUUAAAUGGAACUUUACAUUUAGAAAUAAGUAAAUUAAAAAGGAAUAAUGAAAAGGAACAAAUUGAUAAUGUGCCUCUUCAUCCAGAUCCACGUAAUAAUGUAACACAAAUAAGUAUACAUUGUUCAAGGAUUUAUCGUGGUGGUGAUUAUGAAAUUAAAAUAACAACUGAUAAUAUCAAUGAAAAAUUAGAUGAACGUUUAACUCAACAAUUGGAUGUUAGAUGGCCACAACCAAAUAUAACAGUUAAUGCAGACUUUUUUGGUACAUAUGAACAAGCAGUUGAUUUUAAUUUAACAUUUCCCGAAGUUAAUUGCGAUUUAGAGAAAUUUUUUAUGGAAUUUGAUAGAACUAUAAUAGUACCAGAAUUUAAAUUAGAAUUAGUAUUUUGUGGUCCAGAUAAAAUAUGUUCAAAUAAUAAUCAAAAUUUAUAUUCACAACAAAAAUCAAAUGAUCUAGAAAAUUCAAUAGAAAAUUCAAAUGAAACAUCACAAGUAAAUAUUUUAUAUAGUGAAACAAUAAAAGGAUAUCCUAGAAGAAGAGAAGUUAAAUUAAAUUGUGAAUUAUUUGGUUUAGCUGGUUUUUAUGCGAUACGUUUAAGAGCAUUAAAUGGUGUACCAUCAUAUGUAUCAGCAAUCCGAUAUUUAAGAAUUGAUUGGAAUGAAAAAUAUGUUUUUAAUGUCCAUGCUAGAAGUAUAUUUCCAUGUGAUCCACAUACUGGUGUUGGUGUUCUAUUUGAGUAUCCAACAUGUAUAUUAGAUCAAGCAGAUCGUAUACGUUUAUAUGCAAAAUUAAGAGCCGAUGUAAUUAGUUUACAGCCACCAACAUCAUUACAUUAUGUUACUGAGCAACGUGUUAUUAAAGGUCAACAUUCAUUAUAUUUUGAUUGUGAAUUUUUUUCGGAAAAAUAUGUUGAAUACUGUUUUGUUUAUGUAAGUCAAGCAAUAUCUGGAGCUGUUGCAGAUAUUCGCAUGGAUUGUGUACCAACUUUGCCUGUUUCAGAUUUGGAUAGCGGCGGAUGGGGUAAUUGGAGUGAAUGGACACCAUGUUCAACAACGUGCUCUAGUGGUACACAAAAUCGUUAUAGAUUAUGUGAUUCACCUCCUCCACGAUAUGGAGCUAAAUUUUGUGAAGGCUCAGCGGUUGAAACAAAAUCUUGUGGUAAAAAAAUCAUAGAUGAUACAUGGGAUUGUUUAGGAAUUGAAACAACUACAAGUAGUAAUGUCUCAAAUGAAGUUAUAUCAGAAAUUGGACCAGGUUGUAGAUGUGGUUGUAUCGUACAUUUGGGUAUAUCAAAACCAAGACGUAUACUUGCCGCUACGGCACAAAGUUGUCCAGGCAGAUCAUUUUGGUUAAUUCAAGCUGAUGACAAUAGAAGAAUUAAAUUUACAAUGGACUUUUUUCGAUUAUUAUGUUCCGGGCAAUUCAUUAAAAUCAGAGAUGGUGAUUCAUUAUCAUCAAAUUUAAUGUCACAGUAUGUUGGUGGUAGUAAAAUUUAUCCAGAACCAUUAAUAUCAACUGGUACACAAGUACUUGUUGAGUUUGUAUCUGAUGAAUUAGAAUUGAGUACAGAUGAAUGUCGUGGAGGAUUUUUAGCACAUGUUCAAACAAUAGAUCCAAAUAUUUUAAAUGUAACAGUCAUAUCAAUUCGUGCUAUCAAACAGAAACCACAACCAAUAGUUAAAACAUUUACUAUUGUUCAUUUAACAGCUGUGAUAUUUGCAAGCAUUAUUAUUAUUAUUAGCGCUUUACUAGGAGCUCAAUAUGUGCUUAGAUAUAGAAAAUAUCAUUUAGCAAUGAGUAAAAGUGAUCAAGAUUCACCAAUACAUACGCCAAGAGCAUCAAUAGGUUCAUUGCAUCAUCCACCAUCUAGAGCUAUAUCAACGUCAACUUUAAUAUCUGACGUUAUUUAUUUAGUAAAAGUACGACCAAAAAAUAAAGUGAAACAUAAAAUUUUAAGAGAAAGUAUCGAUAUUGAUGCAAUAACAGUUGAUGCUAGAGACAAAGAUGAUAAUAAUUGUGAUGAUACUAGAAGUCAAGAUAGUUCGCAAACUUUAACUAAUAUAAGUAUAAGUAAUGAUAAAACAAAUGAAACAACUGAUAAAGAUAUCGAUUCACCAUCACCGAAAGGAUGUGGAUCAAUAGGAUCAAAAUCACAACGUAGUUUAAAUAGUAUUUCAUGUGAAAGUUCAAAUAAUGGUACCGAUUCAACAUGGAGCAAAGAUAGAUCAAUGGAAAAAGCAAGAUCAGAAAUUAUAAGAAGAAAAUUUUUACAAAAAUAUCGUAAAGAAAUUGGUAUAUCUAGUUCAAGUGAUGCUGAUUCAAUGGAAAAUAUUCAAGAAAAAACAAGAUUUUUAAGUGCUAGUAAUGCAACACUUACAAAAGGUUGCUAUUCACCAUCAUCAAGUAUUAUAAGUACAGCAACAAUACGUUCAACUAAUCCAAAAGAAAGUAAAGAUAAGAAAAAUCGUGAAAAAUUACUUUCAAGACCAGAUUCUGAAUUUUCUUUAGGAAAUCCAGAAGAAUUAGAAUUAGAUUAUUAUGAUUACAAUGUAAUUAACGCUGGUGCAGCACCUGGUUCUUAUUUAGGUAUGGAUCCUGCUUAUUUAGUAUGGAUACCACCACUUGAACCACAUUAUGAAGAAAUAUUACCAAAUUUUAAUGAAAUAAAUCCUGGUAGUAAUACUGAAACACCAAUUGAUACCGAUAUACCAGAAUUACCACCAACAAAUAAUUCAUCAUCAUCAUCAUCAUCAUCAUCAGCAAUGAAAAUUGAUUUGAAUCAUGAAAAUGAUAUUAAAAAAGCAUUAUUACAAAAAAAUGUUGCAGCUACAUUAUUAAAAGAUAAUACAUCAGCUGAUAUACCAAAAACACCAAUAUUAGGUAGAAAAAAACGUUCAUUAUCAAUAAAACAUUUAGAAUGUGAACCAUCUGAAAUUAUACCAUUAAAUGAAAUAAUUAUUAAUUCAACAACAUCUAAUACAACAUCAUCAACAACAUAUAAAGAACCAUUAAUACAAACAUCAAAUUUACAAAUAUCAAAUAAAAAUGUACGUCGUCAUAUUUAUAAUAAUAAAUAUGAAGAAAUUGAAAAGGAAACAAGUGUUGUAAAAUCACCAAGUGAUUUAGAAAUUUAUUUAGAUGAUAUUAGAUUUGCAGAUGAUGAUACUGACACCGAUAUAAAUAUUGUUUAAGUUCUAGACAGUAGACAUAUUUAAUAUUUAAUUUAAUUAAUUAUUAAGUGCACAAAUAUAUUAUGUACAUUUAUAUGUAUGUAUCAUAUUUAUAUUUUAUUGUAUUAAUAAUAUUGAUAUAUGACAUAGAUUAUACUCGUAGGUUAUAAUAAUUAUAUAACAAUAAUGUUUUACAAAUUGUAUCGAAUUUUUAAAUGAAACCGUACAUAUACAAAAAUUGAAUUAACAUGUUUACUAAGCAUAAAAAAACAGAAAAUAAAUUAAUUUACAAUUUCUUUACAUAUAUAAAACUCGAUUAAAUUAAAAUAU